CGCAGUACAGCGCCGUGGACAGCAACCCCCUGUCUCUGUACGUCAUGCAUCCCUUCUGGAACACCAUCGUCAAGAUCUUCCCCACCUGGCUGGCCCCGAACCUGAUAACGUUCUCGGGCUUCCUGCUGCUUGUCUUCAACUUCUUCCUCAUGGCGUACUUCGACCCGGACUUCUACGCUUCUGCUCCUGAUCACGAGCACGUUCCAAGUGGAGUGUGGGUCGUCGUGGGGCUCCUCAACUUCGCUGCCUACACGUUGGACGGCGUGGAUGGGAAGCAGGCUCGCCGGACCAACUCGAGCACGCCGCUGGGAGAGCUCUUCGACCACGGCCUGGACAGCUGGGCCUGCGUGUACUUCGUGGUGACCGUCUACUCCACCUUCGGCCGCGGCUCCACGGGCGUCAGCGUCUUCGUCCUCUACCUGCUCUUGUGGGUGGUCUUGUUCUCCUUCAUCCUCUCCCACUGGGAGAAAUAUAACACGGGGAUUCUGUUCCUGCCCUGGGGAUAUGACAUCAGCCAGGUGACCAUUUCAGUCGUCUACAUAGUGACGGCCGUUGUGGGAGUUGAGGCCUGGUAUGCACCUUUCCUGUUUAAUUUCUUAUAUAGAGACCUAUUCACUACAAUGAUUAUUGCCUGCGCGCUCACGGUGACGCUGCCCAUGAGCCUGCACAACUUCUACAAGGCCUAUCAAAACAAGACCUUGAAGCACCACUCUGCGUACGAGAUCGCGCUGCCGCUGCUGUCCCCCGUGCUGCUCUUCGUGCUCUGCACCACGUGGAUCUUUGUGUCUCCCAUGGACAUCCUGGAGGUGCAUCCCAGGCUCUUCUACUUCAUGGUCGGAACAGCCUUUUCUAAUAUUUCCUGCGCCCGCCCGCUCAACUGGAUGCUGCUGCCCAUCGCGGCGGCGCUGCUCGUGCUGCUGCCGGGGCUGGCGCCGCGCAGCGAGGCGCUGCUCCUCUACGCGCUCACCGCGCUGCUCACCCUGGCGCACGUCCACUACGGGGUCGUCGUGGUGAGCCAGCUCAGCCGGCACUUCAACAUUCGGCCUUUCUCGCUAAAGAAGCCCACGGCAGAUUGACUAGGAGCGGAGGAGGAGAAAAUCAGCUUGCAGUCUGCAGAAGUACUGUAAAUAACUGCUGCAAACACCUGUACAUACUUCAGCCAUCACCACGGAUCGAAACCUCUCCUCGGGG